GCCCUGCCGUCUCGCUGCCACUCCCGAAGCACCUGAACAGAGCAAGUGCCAGUCCUCCGUGUGCUUUUAAACAUGUCUGUUUUGUAUGUGCUGCGUGGACCCCGUUCCCCUUUUUUCGGCUGUAUGAUCAUCGGAUGCCAGGCACGUCAUGUCACUGGCCCGGGUAUUGGCUCACUGGGACUCGGUCCAUCAGGGCGUCUCAGACGAUCGUGCCCUGUUAUGGUGCGAGCAGAUCGCCACGGCCAGGGAGCCGCUGGAUUGCAUCACCGCGCCGCGGCCCCGUGGCUAUUAAUAGCAUGACGUCACCCCCUCCCUCACCCCCUCCGUAGCAGCCCUAGUAAAUACCAGAGCCUCCCGCGGCCCUAUAUAAAGCGGGUGAUGCAACCUUUAUCCGACAUCUCAAAGUAUUCUUCCCAGCGAGGGAGGUGCGGAAGAAGGAAGAAGAAUAAGAAACGAAGGAGGAGGAGGGGGGAAAUAAACGGGACUGAUCCCAGAGACUCGACGAGCACGCAGAGAGACGCACGGGCGCUAGGUAGCACUAUGAUGCUUCAGCAUGCUGCACUGGGCCUGUCGGAGAUCAGCGCUUCAGCGGUGGUGCCUUGCUUGUCCCCUCCAGUGUCACUUGGCUUCGAGGACUUUGCCAACCUUACACCUCUAGUAAAAGAAGAGCUUAGAUCUGCCAUCCAGAACAAGCGCCUGUUUAGUGGAAUGAGCUCCAUGAUGGAAAGCGUGAUGGUGAGCAACGAGGUGACUCGAGACCUGCCACCUGUAAAGAAAGAGGCUACUUUUGAGGAACUGGAGAGGAGAAAAAGACGAAGAGAACGGAAUAAAAUAGCUGCAGCCAAAUGCCGGAAUAAAAAGAAGGAGAGGACAGACAGCUUACAAAAGGAAUCGGAAAAACUAGAAUCUAUCAACGCCGAGCUGAAAGCUCAGAUCGAGGAACUAAAGACGGAAAAGCAGCAGCUAAUCUACAUGCUAAACCUCCAUCGACCAACAUGCAUCGUGCGAGCACAAAAUGGCAGGACCCCUGACGACGAGCGCAACCUGUUCCUUCAGCAGAUUGGCGAGGGUGUUUUGCAAGGCUAGAAAGUGCAUUGGGAGUUAUGCCGAUGAGACUGUGAAAAGCCAGAGAAUCGCUCUGUCGCUUGAAGAGACUUGACACUUGGGCAGGAGAGCUUGCACUUUAUACACAACAAAGUCCUCGUCCCUUCUUGGAAAUGACUACUGUGAGCAGACACGGGAGGAAGAGACCCUGCGGGAGCUCCGUGCGUACCUCUGUGUUAGGUUCUGUCUGCGGGCGCUGUGUGAAGGACAUGUGUUCAUUGAAUUACCUACUUACCAAAUGCCAUAUGUGUCUAAUGGGAAAAGUGAAUGGAAGAGUUGGGAAUUGAAUAGUGUUGCCACUGUUGGCCAGGAACGCACUUUGAACUGCACAACAUGAGUCGUAUGAUUAUCAUUAUUAUAUUAUUUUUCUGCUGGUUGGAAAGAUGUACUUUAAUCCACAAUGUGACAGUCAUGUGUACCCCCCCCCUGCACUAUAUAGGUAGAGUCGUUUUCCAUUUCCUCGCUUCUUACUAACCACAAUUUAAAAGUCUUUUGGCUCUGUUUUGCUCUCUGAACUAUUUAUUUUUUAACUAGGGAAUGCGUCUUCAUCUCUCUGAAGUUUAUCAGUGUUCAGGUGAUUAAAUAAUCGACCACUGAUAUCAUGAAUGUAACACUUUGUCAUUUUUUUAGUAGACUAAAGGAAUUGAUGGCUUCGGGGUAUCUGUGUGUGUGUGUGUGUGUGUUGGGGGGCACCUUUUGGUCCCAUCACUGAAGGAGAGAGCAGUCCAGAGGAUAUGAAAUGAAAAAGUUGAGAGGUUUUAUAGUGAGAGCAUGGACUGUAAAAUGAGAAAAGCGAGAUGAAGAGUGGUGGCUUUAUAGACUAAGCAUGGACUGUAAGCGUGUGCUUCGAUAUGCCACUGCAGUGUAGACAUCUUUCUGUACAGUAGUUAGAAAUCUUGUACUUGCUGCUCUCCUUUCUCAUCGCUGGCAGUAUAUUGGGCUUGGUGGACAGUCGUUCAAAAUCUCUAACCACUGAUUUAAGAGUAUUUAAAAUUCACGAAUCCAUUAGUUUAAAUUGCCCCCCUGAUUGCAGACUCCAUCACCUGAGUUGUCUUAUCAGUUCUACCCCCCCUUUUCUAAAUAUAAAUCGAUUUGAUUGGCAUAAGCUAUAAUUCGAAGAGGUGACAAGAUUUGGUGCAUAUUGAUGCCACAAGACCAUGUUAAAUAAACUAAGCCAGGAGCGACCACAGUUUGGUGUAAGGUGGCCUCUAGAAUGAGAUUCCACAAAGCUACGACUCUUAAAAGUCAGAUACUGCCCUGUGGAAAAUGUCCAUCCUACACUCACAACGUAGAGGGUAAUGACGCAGGCGUCAUGCUUAUUCUAAGCUUUGAUUCAUUUACAUUCUUCAUAUCGGCAUGCAACAUCGAAGCACGCUCGACAAGAAUGGAAGCUUCACUUCAUAUGUCUUUACUGUUGUGGUAUUCAGAAACGAUAAGCUUGUAGUGGUAGAAUUCUGUGCUCCCAAUGUCCAACAUGAUUGCAUUAAAUGUUGAUGACAAUUUCCAGAAGCCAAAUUUUAUGACUACUGUAUUCAGGUAAAAUGUCCAGGUCCACUCAAAUGCAUUAAACCAUUUGUACGCACUAUGUAUGUAAACUGUUUUUGAUACUUUUAAUAAAAAAUAAAUUAAA